CCGAAGCCCUCAAUCUCCUUCUUUGCCUUCUGAGCUGGGAAGAAGAGUGGGAUCAGGAUUCUAAAGGUUGAUGUCUCUGCGAUCGUGUACAUGACACGAUGGCCCCAGGGCUGAGUCUCCUCCGGCCGCCAUCACGCUGCGGAAGCUACUUCGAUGACAGUCAACCUGAACACGAGCAAGCAUCGGCCCUGAUGGUCGACAAGCCCAACAAGGAGGCGGAGGAGGAGGAAGACGACAAGAUCAGGAGGGAAGCAGAAGCCAUGGCCACCUCAAAAGUCGACCGCGGCAACAAGUACGAAGGUUGGCUGCAGCUAGGCAUCGGAGGUGGCUGUCGCCCGAACGGUUCCCAUUCACAGCACCCCUCGACGAUGGACCCGUCGAGUAGCAACAGUAAGGCGAAGGGUGAUCUGGUGGAGCUCGACUUGUUCUGCCGUCGACCGGCGCUGGAGCCACCUCCAUCGCCACUUACUGCGUUUCCUGCCAUGGCGCCAUGGUUCCCUGCGGUCAUGGGAGGGUACUGCCACCAGCUGACGCCGUCGGGCUGCACUUGGAUGCGAUCCUCGAAUCCAAGUCUGAGCUCAGGGGAAAUGAGGGUGGUAAGCCUCCCACGAAGGAAGCAGACGGGGGUGUGGUUCGUUCUCCAAGCAGCACAUGACCAGGUGAAGGAGCCAUUUUUGCCUCAGAUACCAAAGAGCUACUUGAGGAUCAAGUACUCAAUGGAUGGAAGGAUGACAAUUAGACUGCUGAUGAAGUACUUGGCCAAUAAGCUUGUUUUGGAGGAUGAAUCACAGGUGGUGAUAACAUGUAGAGGCCAACAGCUUCCUCCUUACAUGACACUCAUGUAUGUUAGAGACAACAUUUGGUGUUCACCAGAAGCAGUGGAGCUGAACUCAGACUCAUCGAGCACCAAAUAUAUAAUGAACCUCCUUUAUGGCAGAAGCAGAUGUGGGUAAAAUAAAUCCUUUUCCUCCAUGUGUAAUUAAUUAGUGGAUGUAAGGGUUCUGUGUUAUCAUCUUCAUUUAUCAAGUUCCAAGAGGAAAAAAAAAAUUGAAGUUGUGACAACAAUCUAUUUCUCUUCCUUUCUAGUUUAUUAAUUCAACUUUUAAUAUACUAUUGGUUAGAUAAGAGAAGAAAUAUUUUUACUUGAUUUCUCAGCUUUCUAAUUCAUUAAUUCUUCUUUUAUUUUU